UCUUCGCCAGUGGUCUUUCGACUGCGAUCCGGUACAGUCGCGUCUUCGCUGCUUUCCCGUAGCGAUUCGGUGGUUCGGCGUUUGGUCGUUCGUUCGUUUUGUUUGUUCGGUGUUUGGAUUGUGCCCAAAGGGACCAAUUUCCGGUGGACCCGAGUUUUUUUUCUCAUCUCUUCAAAUAUUGGACACUUUGUGCAGAUCGUGCAGUUGCAAGUUGGGACCUUCAAGGAUCUUCGAGAGUUGAUGAUUUUUUUUAUGAUUCGAAGCAGACACAAUGUAAUCAAACUUCAAAGUGGACAUUGAUUACCCUCAGAGUGGAACGGAUUUUUUUUUGUUUGUGUGCAGUGAAUUUCAAUCGAAGAAACAAAUCGAAAAUAUUUGAUCAAGUGAGCAGACAUCAUUAGUGGGGGCAAAAAUAAAAAGGAAACAAAAAGUAACAAGUGUGUAGUGUGGGAGAAGAAAUGGCAAUGGCGUGCCAAAAAGGAAGAAAAGUUUGAUUGAUCUUUGGAGCGUUUCUCGGAAGAUUAGUGUGUGGAAGGUUUUUCCGCCAUUGGCGGAUGCCCCCUCGAAAAAGGAGGCUCGGCAGAUAAAUACAGAGCAACGUCGAUAAUUGUUGGAAAUAUUUUGGCUGGCAAGCGGUAUAAAACUUUUGAACUUUGGUGCAGCGUGCACAACAGGUGUGUGAAUGCUUUUGCGUUAUCUGAUUGAUAGUGAUUGAAUGUGCGCAGAUGCGAUUGGAAAACUGUUUUGGUAGUUGCUUGAAAGUGAGUGUAUUGGACAUUCUAUUACUGUAAAGUUUAUUUGAUUGAAUUUAAAGCCGAUUGCAAAUUUUGGACUGUCUGGACGUUUCUUUGCGGCAAUGUUUUGUUCCUGCGCACACAUGUUUUGCGUCAAGUGAAAAAACAGUCAGAUUGAGACGGAGAAAAAGUGAAACUUUGGAGGUGACGUUUGAGAGGAAACCGAAGAAGAAAGGAGAGAACCGCAAAACAUACACUUGAACCGUUCGAAAAGUGCUCGAAUAGUGAUCGACAACGCGUUAUCCAACUCGAACAAUGAAACUGACCGUGGCAGUGCAAGUGUGCUAGUGAAAUUGUAUUAUUCGAAGCGCGCGAAGAAGACACACGCCGGAAAUUUGCGUUGAGCAAGAAGUUCAUCACCUGUUGGAGCAUUGAAAUCGCGUAGAAACGCAGUGCUCCCAAAUCCAGACGUAUUCAUUAUAACAACAACAUUCACGGGGCAGUGCCUAGAUCCGACACGGCGAACGGUUGUUUUCUUCUUGUGUGUGAAUCGAUAGUGUAGAAUUGAUCGAAAACGAGAAAGAGCAAAACAACGGACAACUAAUUAAGAUGUCACCAACUGGCCUUCAUCACAAAAUAUACUCCAGCUUGGACAUGCAACUAAAUUAGCCACUGAACAUACCGCACUUCAAUGGAACCAAACUCCCGAGGUUGUUGGAUACGAUUGAGAUUUUUUGUCAAGGUCUGCUGAUAUGCUGAUGUUCAUGUCGCUACAACUGGACCCUGAUGGUGGAUUUAGGUAUUUCGAGAAGCUCCACCACGAUGUGGAGUCGAUGGAAAGCAUCGAUUCUACUGGUCACCAUAUACUGGAUAGCGAAGGCAUCGUCCGGCAGUGCCGCCACUAGUCAAUACAACAACUUUAAGAUCACCCCGAAGCCGUGCACGGUCAACGGAAUCGAAGGCACCUGUAUGUUCGUGUGGGAAUGCAUCAAAUCCGAGGGCCAACAUGUGGGCGUGUGCAUGGACUCGUUCAUGUUCGGCUCGUGCUGCUCGCACAACCUCACCGACAAUGUGAUACCGCAAAACUACCAUCAGACUGUGACGUACCGUCCGAAGCCGGGCGGUAGCAAUAAGUAUAAGCCACCGAAACCUAGUACUUUUGUUAGUAGCAAUGGCUACACGACCAUUUACCGGCCGGGAAACGGCGGAACGCUGGUGAUCCGACCAUCACAUAACCAACAACAGCAUCAGUACCAGCAUCAGCAUCACCACUACCACAAACCGCAACAAUCUUCCUCCAGUAGUUCUAGUAGCAGCUUUAGCAGCAGCAGUAGCAGUAGUCAAAACGCCGUUAUCAGUCAACAACAUUUUAGUCAAAAGCCAACAGAGGGCACUGUAAAUAAACACUCUACCUUAUCAACGCCGGCGCAGUUGGACCUCGAGAUGGCUGCCAGCAGCAUGGCAACGGGCAUCUCCACCACCCACUGGCAAGUCACGACGGAGCCCAGUUUCAUCACGAAAACGCGGCCCCCAAAGCCAAGCAAACCGUCGAAGAAACCGAUUCUAUCGAUUUCGAACAACAUUCAAAGCACUGCAUUGAAACCAAAACCAUCGGCCAAGCCGACGAAACCAACUACCACUACCGUUAAAUAUACGACCACAACUAGUAUAGUAAGUACGACCACCCCGAGGACGACGACGACGACGCCAGUGCCAACGUACCCCACGACGGAGGCGUUCGAAUCGAGUACCUCGUCAUACUUUGGCACAAACACGAGUCUGGGGGCGGUGGCUGUGUCAUCAUCAUCUGUGAUCGACGGCGAAGGAUAUUCGUCGUCCCCCGAGCUGUACACGGCCGCCCCCGGCCGGUACACUCUGUCAGCCGCGAGGAACUAUGAGUGCGGUGUGCAAACGAUGGGCCGACCGGAAACGCGCAUCGUGGGCGGCAAGAACGCCCCGUUUGGCCGGUGGCCCUGGCAAGUGUCGGUCCGGCGGACGUCCUUCUUUGGCUUCUCGAGCACACACCGGUGUGGCGGGGCCGUCAUCAACGACAACUGGAUCGCCACGGCCGGUCAUUGUGUAGAUGACCUGCUGACGUCCCAGAUCCGAAUACGGGUUGGCGAGUACGACUUCUCGCACGUGCAGGAACAGUUGCCGUACACGGAGCGUGCCGUGGCCCGGAAGGUCGUACAUCCCAAGUAUAACUUCUUCACGUACGAGUUUGACCUGGCGCUGGUGAAGCUGGAGCAGGCGCUCAUCUUUGCCCCCCACAUCAGCCCGAUUUGUCUGCCGGCGACGGAUGAUCUGCUAAUCGGCGAAAACGCCACCGUCACGGGCUGGGGCCGUCUCAGCGAGGGCGGAACGCUACCGUCGGUGCUGCAGGAGGUGUCGGUUCCGAUUGUUAGCAACGACCGGUGCAAGUCAAUGUUCCUCCGGGCAGGACGGCACGAGUUCAUCCCGGACAUAUUCCUGUGCGCCGGCCACGAAACCGGUGGCCAAGACUCCUGCCAGGGCGAUUCCGGUGGACCGCUACAGGUCAAGGGAAAGGACGGCCACUACUUCCUGGCCGGCAUCAUCUCCUGGGGCAUCGGAUGUGCCGAGGCCAACCUGCCCGGUGUUUGCACAAGGAUAUCGAAAUUUGUUCCCUGGAUUCUGGAUACCGUUUUGUGAUA